CCAUAUCUUCAAUUUUUGCAAAAUUGACUUUGCAUUCUCUCAAGGGUUUUCAUCGUCCCCAAACUUUUUUAACCUAAAUUCCGGCCGAUCAAACCACCAUGUCGUCGUCGAAGAUGAUCGUUUUGAAGAGUUCCGACGGAGAAACCUUCGAGGUCGAAGAGGCGGUGGCGUUGGAGUCACAAACGAUCAAACAUAUGAUCGAAGACGACUGCGCCGACACCAGCAUACCGCUACCAAACGUCACAAGCAAGAUCCUAUCGAAGGUUAUCGAGUACUGCAAGAAGCAUGUGGAGACACCGAAGACCGAUGAUAAGACAGCUGAAGAGGAUCUGAAAUCGUUUGAUUCCGAGUUUGUUAAAGUGGAUCAAGGGACUCUCUUCGAUCUGAUAUUGGCUGCAAACUAUCUGAACAUCAAGAGCUUAUUGGAUUUGACUUGUCAAACGGUUGCUGACAUGAUCAAGGGGAAGACUCCAGAAGAGAUUCGCAAGACUUUCAACAUCAAAAAUGACUUCACUCCAGAGGAGGAAGAGGAAGUGCGCAGGGAGAAUGCAUGGGCAUUUGAGUAAAUUCUAGAACCCCUAAGUUGUUUAUAAUCAAAGAGUCUUAUAAAAUGUUAAUGGGUUUUCGUGCUUUUCUUAGAAAAUGAACCUUGGAAAAAGAUUGUUAAUGUCUUCAAAUCUUUGGUGGAUGUUUUUGUUAUGUUGGAUAUGAUUAUCGUCUUUGUGUUGGUGGUUGAA